AUGAUUCAUACCGAUAAGAGGCCGUUCUCUUGCCAGAAUUGCGCGGCAAAUUUCACCACAUCAGGGAAUCUGCGUAGAUAUACAAUGAUUCAUACCGGUAAAAGACCGUUCUCCUGUUCGGAAUUCACAAUGAAUUUCACCAGUGCAAACUAUCUGAAUGAACAUACAAUGAUUCAUACCCGCAAGGGGCAGCUUUCCUGUCUGAAUUGCGCGGCAAAAUUUACCACAUCAGGGAGCCUGCGUAGGCAUACAAUGAUUCAUACCGAUAAGAGACCGUUCUCCUGUUCAGAAUGCACGAUGAAUUUCACCCAUGCAGAUUAUCUGAACGAGCACAUAAGGAUUCACAGCGGUAGGAGGCCGUUUUCUUGUCCGAAAUGCACAGCAAAUUUCACAUUGUCAAGGAAACUGCGUAGACAUAUGAAGAUUCAUGGCAAUGACAGAUUCAACUGCACUGUGUGA